AUGAAAUUGAAACAUCCACCACCAACCGUUGACCCUGAACGAGAAUUCGACAUGAAGAUUAUCAAAACCCCACCUGUCAUUUCUUCUCAUCACGGGCCGGGAAAAGCCGACGACUCGAGUAAAGGGAACUCGAGCAAAGAGAAACCCAAAAGCCCUAGGAUCAUCAGCUCACCUAUCCCCCCUCGAGCACUCUCUCAAGAUCGAGACUGGGAGGUCGUUGAACCUUUUCGACUUGAAAACAUUCAGAACUCAGAUGGAGGCUGGAAGAACGAUCUAACCUGGGAUCUCGACACCGUUCAAGCCCUGCAUGAACUGCUCGCGCAGUGGACUGCAUUGGGCGUCACAGCCAGCCAUAUGGGAGUGUUUCUCGAAGCCGUGCUCUACAAGCAAGACGAGCAUUUGGCCGGUCACGUCACCCAAAUGGUCGAGUGUCACGCGCCACACUUCAAGCUGGCAUUAGAUCUGCUGAAGCACUACCAAAUCCGUGAUGCUACGGGAAAACCUCUCUGGGACCUGGAUCAAUCCCAGUACGGCGACGAAGAUUCUCGCGCCGGUUACACCCGUCCUCCCAACUCAGCACGGACACCCAAUGCACCAUUGCCGACCUCGCCGACCUCAUCUGGCCCAAGUACGCGCCAAAGUACUUCGAGCGAGCCAGGCGGCAAGUCCAGACCCUCGCGCCCAAAGAUCAAGAUCACCCUCCCCUUCUUCCGUCGAUCAUCCCCUGCUCCACCAUCCACCGAGCCUCAGCAGACUGAGGAGGUGAAGCGCAAUUCAUGGUAUUAUCAUGUCCCCGCCCCCAAGCCCCUCCGUAUCUUUAAACAACCCUCCUUCAUGAACGAUGUCGAACCGAGCCCCGAAGUUGAUACACCAGGUGAAGACGUUAGCGGCACAGUGAGCUGGUCUUUCAAUAUCAGCGAGGACCUUACAAUGCUUAGCAUUGCGGAGAGGAGAGCACUGAUGGCGAACACGGGGGCUUUGCCUCCGUCGUUUGCGGCCGAGAUCAUUGAUUCUGCUUCGGUUAUGGACAUGUCUUCUUUGGUCGGGACUAAUAUUUCUCAGAUUCAAGCGGAAAGGCAAUGUGAUGGGGGUAGCAGGUUCAGUGGAGCGUCUUAUUCGUCCUCGGAUUAUGGGGACUGA